AUGGACAUCGACCUGGAGCGGAUCAAACGUGCCCAUGCCAAGAACCUCGCGUACAUCCGCCAACAGGACGAACGUGAGGCUUCUCAGGCGGUGGACGACCAACUCGCGUCGGAGACUCAAAACACGACCGCAAGUGUUAAAUCGCCGACGCAGAAGGGAGUGAAAAGCAACAGCAGUGUAUACAUCACUGGUCUCACGACGUAUAUGGCGUGCAGACAGCUCGAGGGGGUGUGCUCUCGGCUCGGCAAAGUGCGGCGUAUCAAGUUCUACAGAGACGAACGAGGAGGUCUGAAGGGUGACGCUGUAGUGACGUUCAACUCGCGUGCUACAAUGGUGAAGGCCGUGGAGAGGCUGAACCACUUUGAGGUGAAGCCAGGAGUGAUCAUCACAGCAACAGAGGCAAAUUUCUCGAGCAAAAAGGUAAGCGAGACACAGGAGAGCGAAGCGGCUGUCGACGAUUAUCAACGAGCAGCAGAGACGCCGGUGAAAAACAGUCCAACCGAUGAUUUGCCGUCUUUGGACUUGCCAUCGCGCUCAGUCAUCCUGAAGCACGUAUGGAACCCACUGGAUAGCAGCGAUGCUGCAUUCUUUGUCGAGCUGGAGGACGACAUGCGUGGCGAAUGUGCCAAACAUGGCGUGGUGGAAGUUGUGCAGAUUGUAGCAGACGGAUCUGUGAUCGUGCGUUUUGCCGACUUAAAAUCCGCUAUCGCGUGUAUGAAAGUGAUGAACGGGCGGUGGUUCGCUGGAUCAAAGAUUGAGGCGCAAUUUGAUCAGACGACGGCAGAAAACCCUAGCGAUGCGGACACCAAGAUUGAGGCAUUCCUGGCCACUGUUGGAGAGUAG